AUGUUAUCAUAUUCCGAACAAAAACAAAAUCUAAUUAAAUUAUAUAAAAAAGCAACAGAAGCUUUUCUUUUAAGAGAUUAUGACAUUGCAUAUUCUUUAUCCACAGAGGCGAUUGUUUCCCUUAACAAACUUUUAACUUUUACUUCUACCAACACAAACAACGACUCUACUAUUACUAUUGCUACUGCUGCCAACAAUAAUCAGGGCAAUAAUGCUUUAAAAAAGAGGAUUUGGUGUCUUUAUGUUAAUCUUAUUGCUUCUUUACUCUCAGAAAAAUCGCCCGUAAAUACAAACGAUCUUUAUUUAAUAAGAUUUUUAAAAUUACCAUCUGAAAUUGUAGCAGAAGAAAUUUGGAAUAAAGUUAUUGUUGAAGGAUUUGAUAAUGAAGAAGGUCAAGUUCCUGGUGAAAUCGUCAUUUCCUGUGUUAUAUUAUGUUUAAAUAAACAAAUUCCAAAAAUUGCACGAAAGAUAAUAGAACAAUGGUUAAUUUCAAUACCAGACACAUUAACACAAAAACCUAUUCAAAUGCCAAUCAAUGAAACAACAGAAAAUCACAAUGCUGUUGAAGAUUUAAAAAAUUAUGAACAAAUUAUAGAAAUUUAUAUUUUAAACGUAUUACCAAAACUUAAUGAUUGGGAUUAUGCUAAAUCAUUUCUUAAUGAUAAUGACAUAAUUAAUAAAGAUCGUAAGAUAUUAUACGAAAAGAAACUUUUAAAAUUAAAGAAUAAAUAUGAUAAGUUAAUAAAAUCCUCAUCAUCUAAAUCAAAAAAUCAUCAGCAACAACAAAAAUUUGUGGCAUUACCGGAAGCAGUAGUAGGAACAUUAAUGACAAUCAACCUUCGACAUUAG